AAGGAAUAAUUUAUUAAUUUAUAGGAUACAAGAGGUAGUGUUGCAUCAGUUGCUACCAUUGCUGCUCAUGAAAUGGGACACACUUUUGGUAUGAAUCAUGAUGACGAUUCAAGUUGUAAUUGUCCUGAUUCCAAUAGUGGUUGCAUUAUGAAUGCUGUUUCAAGCUUCCCUCCAGCCACCAGAUGGUCACAGUGCAGUAUUAAUGAAUUAAAUGCUGGUUUCUCUCGAUCUGGCAAUUCUGAUCUUAACCGUUGCUUAGGAAACAGUCCAACAACUAUUGUUGGUACUGCUAGGUGUGGCAAUGGAAUAAGAGAACCAGGAGAGACUUGUGACUGCGGAAGUUUAGCUGAGUGCAAUGAUCCAUGCUGUAAUGCCACUACAUGUGAACUAGCCAGUACUGCCCAAUGCGGAUCUGGAGUUUGCUGUGAAAACUGCCAAUUCAAGUCGUAUGGUACUACAUGUCGUAAUUCAUCUGGUAUGUGUGACAUAUUAGAAUAUUGCACUGGUCAAGAUGCUGACUGCCCGACAGAUGUAACACGACAGAAUGGACUAUCCUGUGCUAAUAAUACUGGUUAUUGUUACGAUGGUACGUGUGGCUCUGCGCAGGAUCAGUGCAUUCGUUAUUUUGGAAAUGAAUCAGUUCCUUCUAAUGAUGUAUGCUACACACAAUUCAAUACUCAAGGUAUUGCCUGGGGCCAUUGUGGAGCUGAUGGUACCAAUUACAUUCCUUGUCCUACUGGUGAUGCAUUCUGUGGUUCACUCCAGUGCAAUGGUGGCAGAAUAAUAUUCAAUAAUGUUAAUUCAAGGAGUGCUUUGACAGCUUAUACUAGAUUUGCUAGUGGUCAAGAGUGUAGGAGUGUCACUACACGUGCUGAUGCUGAUGAAGUCAGUCCUGGUUUAGUGGUUGAUGGGGCUAGCUGUGGAACUAACAGGAUGUGUGUUAAUCAGCGUUGCUUAUCAAUUACAUCACUGGAGGGAGUCAGCUCUUGCCCUAUUGGAAGUAAUGGACAGACAUGCUCUGGAAAUGGCGUGUGCAAUAGUUUAAACCAGUGCUCCUGUAAUGUUGGUUACAUUGGUAGUGAUUGCAGUCAAAUACAUGGAACAACAACUACUACAACAACAACAACUACUACAACAACAACAACUACUACAACAACAACAAGAACAUCAGAUAUACCCACACCAUCCUCCAGUUCCUCCUCUACUGCCAAUGCACCAUCCACUUCUACUAGUAUUAAUGCACGACCCACUUCCUCUAGUAUUACACGAUCCACUUCUACUAGCACAUUCAUUUCCUCUAGUAGUAAUGCACAGUCCACCUCUACACUUUCUCCUCCCUCUGUUACAAGUGAUUCCUCCUCUUCCUCUAAAUUAAGCUCUACCCCUACUAUUUCCUCUACCUCUAUUUCCUCUCCUCCCUCGUCCUCGUCCUCCUCCCCCUCCCCCUCUAAAAGCAUUAUAAUUAAUUUAUCAAAAACUUCAUCAAUAACUUCAUCGAUGACUUCAUCAAAAACUUCAACAUCUUCAUCAAUAACUUCGUCACUAUCUUCAUCAAUGUCUUCAUUGGUGACGUCAUCCAGUAGUCAUACUGUAGUUAAUACAUCUUCUAUUGUCUUGCCACGCCCUUCAAAAACCCAAACAUCCAUUGUACAUAGCAUGACCAAGCCCACAGUAUCACAGGCCAGCACAGUAUCACAGUUUACAGGACCCACAGCGACAGAUCUAGACGAUGGAGGGAUUGUAGGAUUCUUUGCAGGUAAUGCAGCAGCAGUAGGAGGUGCAGUGGCUGGUGUGUUGAUUCUAAUAAUAUUGAUAGCUGUGGUAGCGGUGGCUAUUGUAUUGCUGGUGUUACUGAGAAGCAGGAAAUCAACUAACGUUAAUCUCAAAUCAACUCCUACCUCCAGCUCCAGAUCAAGGUAUUCCAGGACUCCAUCUGAUAAAAAGAUCAAUGUCAGUGGCUCCCAUGAUGACCUCUUGAUGAUAGAAAGAACUGAUACUCCACCACAACAGAGAGCAUACAGUCCAUACAUACCACCAUCUGUCAACACAGUUAGUGUCAAUAGACCAUCUCCUCCCUCUGCCCCUCAGAGGCCUCCACAGAGACAGCCUCCUCCUCCAAGACCAUCUAAUCCAGCUCAAAAAAGUCCUGCUAGUCGUCCCCCUCCUCCUCCUCCCUCUCGUCCCUCUGGCCCUCCUCCUCCUCCUGCUGGAAAGCCCAUGGCUCCUCCUAAACCAACUGCCCCUCCUAAACCAACUGCACCUCCUAAGCCAUCAACUGCUCCAAAGCCUUCCACUGCACCUAAACCGACCACAGCACCAAAGCCUCCAAGACAGUGGCCUCCUCCAUCUUCUACUCCAGCUGGAGGGUAUGUACCACCUUCCUUCCCCUCUACUGCAAAGAAACCUAUACCUCCUCCUAGGAAAUAAGAAUAUGAAUUUAACUGUCAUUAUUUUAGAAAUUUCUGGUAAAUGCAUAGUCACUGUUCAUGUGUAGUCAAUGUAUUUAUUUUAUUGCUGCUCAGUGUAAUGUUUACUACUGCUUAAGUUAUUGUUUUUAAUUGAAUGGUUAAUUAUUCUAAUUCAAA